UAAUGUGACGGAAACCUUUUGAAAGAAGCAUGCUAAAUGCUUAGAACGAAAUCGCACGUUAUUAAUAUCACACUCGCUUGUCACACGCGAAACCAUCAUGAUGAGUCACGUGCUACACCAGCAGCGCUGCUUGUGCACUCAUUUCCGUUAUUUCGUGUGCUGCGUGAUCGAUUUUUAGUGAUUUAUAUCACAUCUCUCGAAUACUUGCGUCGUUGCUUGUGCCGGUGUAAAUAAAUGGAAACAAUGUCUGGAAACAACAAAACUGUGGCGAUAUGGAACUUUUUCGAAAAAUCUGGCAGUGCCGCUAAGAUGGCCAAGUGCAAUUAUUGUCGCAACGACUUCUCCUACAAAACUACGAUCACCAACUUGAAAAAACAUCUCAAGCAAAAGCACGGUGCAGUGUAUACAAAAUUUGUAAAUCUUCGGGAAAGUCUCUUGUCGGGUACUUCUUCGGAACCCACGACAUCGCCUUUUGAUGCUAUGUCUCCCGAAAUAGUCAAAAUUGAAAAUGAGACUGAUGUCGACGAAGAAAGAGACGACGUUGAAGAAAUUGAAGAAGACUUUCAAGAAACUAAGCUGGAUAUUGUCGAAAACUCACCAUCCGAGAUUACAGAAAACGAUAAUGUUCCUCCUGCUGUAACACGACGUACAAAAAUGAAGCCAGAAAUACAUAGACGCAAAAUUUCCGUCCAAAUGUCGUGUCUUGAGAGGGCAGUUAAUAAGCUUCAAAGAAUUGUAGAAGACAACAAGUAUUCGGUAAACUGUCAGGAUGAAAACGAAUUUGAUUUGUUUUGCAAAAGUCUGGCUGUACAAUUGAAAAAUAUGCCCGUCAAUCGAGCCCUUAUUUGCCAAGAGAAAUUACAAACGGUUAUGACACAGGAGCGCCUUUCCCAAAUGGCGAACACGAAUUCAGCAGAUAAUAUUACGAGAUAAUACAUUCAAAUUGUCUGUCAUACCCAUCAAAUUGCUGUACCUUCAAUACAAAGUGUAUCGUGUGAUCAACUUGUCGAUGGUGUUGGCAAUAUCUGAAAAGGUACUAAUAAAAUAAAUUAAGAAAAAAUAUUACUGAGGAAAAACCAUGGAAAACGCUAGGUUAGGUUAGCCUGAGGAAUAAGUAAGAUAUUUGAUUAUUUAUUUGCCAUUUUUCUUAAAAUAAAAUUGUGGUCCAUCACAUCAGAAAAUAUUCGUAAAUUUUAUAAAGUGAUUAUAUGUCCCUAGCGACUUGAAAAAAGCUUUAAAUAAAUAUGAAACUUAGUUAGGGAAAAGAAAGUUCUAUAUUUGAUACUAGGGUAUAGAAGUUAUAGUACACAUUACUAUUUAUUGUUAAUUAAAAAAUGCACCUUCUCUACAAAAAUAUUUUAUAUUUUAUUUAGAAUAUUUAUAGUAUAUUUUCUCUUAAAUUAUUUAAUUUAUAGCUAAAAUAAUAAAGAAGUGUGGCAGGUCACA